GCGCCCACUCAAAAACUAGGAAAUUACCCUCAGCAACCAAAUUGUUGGCGAAAUGCUCAGCACUUCCUGCGCACAGUGCUCACUGCGCAUGCGCAUACUUAUAGUUAGGUCGUUGUGGUGUGGACGGUGUGUAAAAAAUCAAUAAACCACCCUUCGUUAAAAAUGUAAAUCCGAAAAAGUUCAAUAUCGAAACAAUACGUAGACGUAAGUGAGCACAAUUUUAAAUAGGAAAAAAUCAUCAAAUAAUUGCUAGUAAACUAGUUUUAAAGUAAUGAAAACCAAUUCAUCAUUUAGUGUAAACGUGUAGCCAAUAAAAACGAUAGAAAUUUCAUUCAAAAUAACGAUGAAAAGUUGAUAUAUUGAUGAUGAAAAAUUUGACAGGCCAAGUAGCUAGUCAGUGUGAAAUAGUGAGUUACCAACAACAACAACAACAACAACAACAACAGUUACACAAGGAAGAAAAAGCGAACACCGAACGAAAGAGCACCGCAGAACCGGCAAAUCCGCACAUACGAACAUAUGUCAAAAUUUGAACGGCAGCAGUACAAGCAAAAGCUGCGACUAAAAAGGCACACAUUUCGAGUCCGAGUUCGAGGACGGGUCCGAGCCAGUAACGCGAAAUUGGUCAGGCGAACGCGAGUAGAACGGCAGCAGGGCACAAGGGGAGUCGCCGUAAAUCGACCAUCGUUAAGCGCGACAAAACGCUAUUCGUAGACUCACUAAAAUGCCGCGAAUGCCGAUUUACUUCCAGUUUUGAAUAAAACUCUGCGAUUAGGUUUGGAAAAAAUCCAAAUUAAUCGGGCAAAUGCUAUGAAUUUAUUGUUUGAAGCGAUGCCUCGAAGUGUGCUCUCAUCAACGGAAUGGAACAACGGGCCGAAAUUGUUUUACCGCAAAGCGAAGUAAAACAUGUGGGUGUUUAAUGUCGCUGUGAUAUCGUGACGUAUGUGUGAACAAUGGUCAUUGCAAAAAAAUUUUAAUUAUAUAUGUAUCACGCCUAAAAGCACACUGCAGAUUUGAUAUGCGAGCAUGUGUAGGUGAGUCUGUCUGGCGUGCAGGACAUGUAAGGACCUUAAACACAAGCAAAGCAGUGACAAGCGCGGCAAAGUGUGAAACAGCGAAGUCACGUUAAGUCAAAGUAAUCCGAAAAUAGCAGAAUUCAUGCGAAAAGACAACGACGACGAAAAGGCAUUCAAGUGCAGAAGACGAAUUGAAUUCAAAGAUAAAUACGAAAACAGCAGCAGCAACAGCAGCAGAAACAGCAACAACAACAACUCGCCGCGGAGUGGCAACUGCUCAGCGGCAGCGGCGCUAAGGAUAAUGGCGAAGAGCAAAAAAACGACAACACAAUGAGCUGCGGUUUCACAACAAGCUCCUUAAUAUAUUACACAUAACACAUUAGAAAUUGAAACGGUAUGGUGAAAAUGGAAUCCACAGAAGAACAGGAUCGAAAGUUAGUAUUGGAGUUUUGUCAUUUGCUCGAAAAGUCUAAGCAACUCUUCAACGGACUCCGAGACCUGCCACAAUAUGGUCACAGGCAGUGGCAGGCAUAUUUUGGGCGCACAUUUGAUGUCUACACGAAAUUAUGGAAAUUCCAACAACAGCAUCGCAUGGUAUUGGACUCGAAAUACGGACUGAAGCGUUGGCAAAUAGGCGAAAUUGCAAGCAAAAUUGGACAGCUUUAUUAUCAUUACUACUUAAGAACCAGCGAAACGAACUACCUGAACGAAGCUUAUCAAUUUUAUGCAGCUAUUAGGGGUAGGGCUUAUUACUCGCGAGCGAUCAAAGAAGAUCGGCCCGAUUUAAUGGUGAAGAAGUUGCGCUACUAUGCGCGAUUUAUUGUUGUUUGUUUGCUGUUGAAGAAAAUGAAGCUGGUUCGUGAGCUAGUGACGGAACUGGAAAAGCAAAUACAGGAAUACACGACAACUUACGAGCCAGAAGACCAUUUAGAAUGGUCAUUAGUUUUAGAAGAGAUCAAAGGUUUUAUAAAAGCUGAAGCUGCAGUGGCUGUUCUUCAUGCGGAUUCCAAUCCCAUCAUACUUUCACACAGUGGUUCCGGUUCUAGGUUGUCGCCGCUAACGACGCCACCAUGUGAACGUUCGCCGCACAUGACGUUGAGCCUGCAGGAGAUACUCAUUGUUGGCUCGGCGUGCGAACAGGCGAAGUUCUCUGAGUUAACAAUGGACAUGUUUAGAAUGUUACAAACGCUCGAACGGGAACCAACGGAAUCAACGCAUCCGAUGAGCAUUACACAUGGCAUGCACGGGCACGAUGCCAGCCCGGCUGCCAGCCGCAUACCACCAUAUGGUGUUCCAGGUUCUAAGGGUUACUUAGAAAAUGGCCGUCAUUAUAGAGACAAUCCUCACAAAUAUUUACUAUACAAGCCUUCUAUUAGUCAACUUCUGGUGUUCUUAGCUAGUGGAUUUAAAGAAUUGCCUCCAGGAGGCGCAUUACUCUUAUAUAUGUCAGCUGAUGGUUGUUUCUCGACUACAAAACAUCCAGAGGACUAUGGCUAUGAAUUGGGUGGCCUUGCUACGAGCGUCAAGCGUGAUGGCGUCGAAGGAGGUGGCAUAGCGUGCCGAGGGAAGUCCUACAAGGAGAAUCAUUGUUUAUAUCCCGGAGACUUGUAUCCAUUCACACGAAGACCAAUGUUCAUUAUCAUCGAUUCGGAUAAUUCGUUUGUCUUUCAACACAUCCCCCGGUACUUUGGCCAACCAUUAGUUAUAUUAAUGUCACCGCAGGAUGUACCGCCCGCAUUCCAAGCUGAUGUCCAACAUCAUGGUUCACUGUUCACAUUGUUCCUGCAUUCUCCACUGACGGCGCUCUGCUACAUCUGUAAUGUCGGUGAUGUGCCCAUACAUCAUUGGGAGCGCUGCCAAUCGCACGUAGACCGCUUCAUAACAGAGGCUUCAAGACUUGUGACGCGCUGUCGCAUCGAUGAAAUCGAACAGGGCAUAGGUUUUAUAGACUCUUCUUACGUACAGUUCUUCGGUGAUGACUUCUUACGUACGCUAAUACUACGUUUCGUAUUCUGUGACGUUGUACUGAGAUUGCAUCGUGGUUUUCGUGGACGUCAUAUGAGACCACGAUGCGAACCACCAUUGCCAUCCAAUGAGUUACUCGAGCAUCCAUCACUGUCGCAUAUUAUAUUCCAAUUAGCGUCGGCGCUCGAUGUGCGCGGCCAUUUCUCCGACGGACCCGAAUGCGACUGAUGAUUUUUUAUUAAUACUUGUAAAAAUAUCUAUUAUUUAAAUUUACUUGUAAAACAAACAAUAGUCAUUAGUAGUACAGCAAUAGCAAGACAAACAAGCAAGUUGGCAAAAGUUAACUCUGGCAAUGGCAAUAUGAUGAAGAGUGAUUGUACGAUUGCGAGUAGAAGGAAUAAAUUUAAUUAUUACGAUAUUUAUUAUAAUAAAAUAAUUGUAAUUUUCUAUGAAAUAUAUAUAACUAUUUACAUUUAUUUUUUUCUUAGUAUCGGUUCCAUAACGACUUUUUUACAACAUACAACAUACAUACAUAGGUGCAUACA